AUGGGCAGUUAAUGUUCGAAUUGUUAGAGUUGUUAAAAAAAAGAUGAAAUAUUAAUAAGUGAAUUUCAUUAAUAAUCAAUGAAUCAUUAUUCACAUAAUGAGCGAGAUAAUGAGGAAGAGGAUGAUUAAGAAAUUUCAUUGAAAGAGUAAUAAUAAUAAGAAGAAUAGAAAGAAUAGAUUUAAGAUUAAAUAGAGCAGGAUAUUCAAAAUUUAUCUUAGGUUGGAAAGAAAAUGGAAAUAAAUUUAACUUCUUGUAAAUAAAUAUAAAAAUAGUUAGAGUCUAAUAGUGAUAGUUAGAGAAAGAAAAAUGAGAUGGCAUUUAGAAAUCAUGAAGAUAUCUUAGAAACAUUAGGAAGUAGAUCAAAUUGUAAAUAGAGGGAGAGAAGAAGCAAGCAUACAUUUAAGAGUGGAGCAUAUUAUGAAGGUGAAUGGGUGGGUUAAUAAAGAGAUGGGAAUGGAGUUUAAGUAUGGUUGGAUGGUGCAAAAUAUGAAGGAGAAUGGAAAAAUAAUAAGGCAGAAGGGAAAGGUAAAUUUUGGCAUAUAGGUGGAGAUUAUUAUGAAGGAUAAUGGAAAGAAGAUAGAGCUUGUGGUAAGGGUGUAUAUAUACAUGCAAAUGGGGCAAGAUUUGAAGGAGAAUGGUUAAAUGAUUAACCUCAUGGUUAUGGAAUAGAGAUUUGGGUAGAUAAUUCUAGAUAUGAAGGAAAUUAUAGUCAUGGAAAGAAGGAUGGUUUUGGUAAAUAUUUUUGGAAUGAUGGAUCAUUUUAUAUGGGUAAUUGGUCAAAUAAUGUAAUGGAUGGGUUUGGAGUUCAUAAUUGGUUUGAUGGUAGAGUAAAUUUUGUAUUAAAUUAAGAAAUAUAUUGGUUGGUGGAGAAACAGUUAAAUGAAUGGUAGAGGUACAUAUAGUUGGCCAGAUGGGAGAUAAUACAAUGGAGAAUAUGUAGAUGAUAAGAAAUAAGGAUAUGGUGUAUAUGUAUGGCCAGAUGGUAGAAGUAUAAAUCAAAGAAUUUAAUUUAAGAGUAUGAAGGAUAUUGGAUUAAUGGUAAAUAAGCUGGAAAGGGUAGAUAUAUAUUACCAAAUGGUAAGAGUUAAUUGGGAUUAUGGGAAGCAGGUAGACGUAUUAAAUGGUUAGAAUAAGAUGAAAAUAUUAAACCUGUUGCAUGGGAUGAGUAUGUUGAUCCUAUAUUAUAUGAUAGAACUUAUGGUUGA